AAACGUUUAUUAUGAUCUGUACAGUGUGCACCAAACGAAUCUGUUAUGAUCACUUGGUCUAUUCACCUGACAUUUCAUGAAAAGUUUACCGUGUAUGAUUAAGUGUAGGUAAACUCCAAUAUCCCUUAAUCGUCUUUAAUAAGUGUUUUGUCUGCCAGAAGACAGAGAGACCAACAAUACCAGCAAUAUAUUCAAAUACUGUCUGCGCGGUACCAGGAAGCUGAGCUACCGCAGUUGAGUGAGGAGGAUGCGUUACCGACAGAGGGGGGGAGGUCAGCUGGGUCUGAUCCUCCUGGCCUCCCAGGUCUUCCAUGUGGGGGUGGAGAACAUUCCCCCUGUGACGCUGGCUGUAUUGGGCCUUAACGUCUACCUCUUUCUGGUACCCAGCUUACCCCUCCUCCAGGCCUGCAUCAGCGUCCAGCAGGCCUACUGGCGUGGUGACUGGCGCCGCCUCGUGCUGUCGCCGCUGCACCACCUAGACGACUGGCACCUGUACUUCAACAUGGCAUCCUUCCUGUGGAAGGGCGUCAAGUUGGAGCCCCGGCUUGGCAGCAGCUUCUACGCCUGGCUUCUGACUGUUUUCUCCCUGCUGACGGGCGUGAUUUAUCUGCUGCUGGAGAUGGUGCUCUCGGAGAUCACCCAGGACCCCUCUUACAGCUUAGAGUGUGCAGUCGGCUUCUCAGGAGUGCUUUUCGCUCUGAAAGUGCUGAGUAACCACUACCACCCGGGAGGUGUCUCCUACGUGAUGGGCGUCCCAGUGGCCAAUCGCUACGCCAGCUGGGUUGAGCUGGUGCUGAUUCAUGUAACAUCACCGGGGACCUCCUUUGUGGGACACCUGGCAGGCAUCCUGGUGGGGCUUCUCUACACCGCUGGUCCUUUGAAGGUCAUCAUGAGAACAAUUGCAGGAUUUGUGAUGAAUGGAUACCAUGCCAGACAAAAUCCAUAUUAUAACUCUUCAGGAUACAGUGGCAGUAGUGGAGGACACCGUGCGCACCCCCAGAAUGUUCACCCUUACACUGGAGGUCUAUCAGAGGAUGAGCAGUACGAGGCAGCCAUCAGAGCCAGUCUCAAUGGCAGAGGGGGCUCCACUCAGAGAAGACCAACCUCGCAUGGUUUCAACAUUCCAGGAGAACUGACAGCAGAGGAGAUCAGGAGGCGGCGGCUCCAGAGGAUUGACCACUUUGACUGACCAAGCUGGACUAUUGGUUCAUUGGAGGAUAAAAAUAUCUUUCCUCAAGGAAUACUACACUGAAAAACUAUAGUAUUUUGUCCAUCAGUCCACUGUUAAAGGUAGAAUCAGUGAAAUGUUGCACAAGCAGUACUUCAGAUAUUGCGAUGAGCAAGAUGCAAGAUUUCGCUCUCACCCACUCACACACAGUAUCUGCGCAUGUGCACGGGUUCGCUUAACGCUCUUACAAAGUGGUAGCCAAGGGACCAGAACAGGAGAAGUUUAAUGCACCCCAACUCUCAUAGUUGUUGGGGUGCAUUUUAAUUUGCCAUUUUAUAAUUGAAAAAUAUUUGAAAUUAAUAUUUGAAAACUUAUAAAUAUUAUGCAGUGAAAACAGCCAAAUGUAUCCAAAUCACAUUUUAGUAACUACAUUGAUUUGACAUGUUCACUUUGUAGUGUCAACUUUAUUGAAUGGGUGCCAAUGACUUGUGCUAUCGAUCCCCCACGGUUGGCGUGCCAUUGAGCUCUUACCGUAUGUAUUGGGCUACUAUUGAAUUAUUUAUUGAAUUAUUAUCAAUUAAGAUUUUUAGUCCUGUAGUAUUUGAAUGUAAUACUAGGAUGACCAAAUAUACUGUUUCUGUCUCUUGGCAAAUAUGAAACAGCAAUUUUAGAGAUCUGGGAACUAAGUCUUCUAUUUUGAUACAUUUUGCUCUAGAGGGAAUCUGAGAAUGAACUCGUAAUUUAACAUGAGAGUGAUAUGAUGUAUUUCUUAAAAUAAUCUUGUUUGUUAAACAAUGUAUUUUUGGAACAUUUAUAUUAAAUAUGUGCAUUGUGUUAAACACUGCAUUUCCCCCCUUA